AUGAAAAAGAAAAAAGGAAACAAGGAGCAGAUCCAGGAGGUGAUUGAAAAUUGUAUUAUAAGUCCUGUUGUUGAACUGUGUUUGAAUGCUGAGUUUGAGGCAAAGAAGGAAGCUGCUUGGGCUCUUUCCAAUCCUAUAUCUGGUGGAACUCUUGAACAGAUUAAGUUCGUAAUGAGCCAGGGUUGCAUUAUGACGAAGCCAUUGUGUGAUCUUUUGGUCUGUUCCGACCCGAAAGUAAUCCUUGCGUGCUUGAUAGCUCUGGAAAACAUUUUGGAGGUUGGAGAAGUUGAGAAAAAUCUUGUUGACACAGGAAGUGUAAAUGUCUUUGCUAAGAUGAUUGAUGAAGCUAAUGGUAAGGAAAAGAUUGAAAAUCUCCCAAUCUGCAAUGACAACGACAACAAAAUCUCAUUCUCACAAAGUUUAGCUAGUCGUAUUCAAGAAGAAAAAAAAAUGUUAAAAUUAUGA